AUGUCAGAUCAAAGUGAUAGCCAGAACAAUUCUGAUGAACAAGUUAACCUGAGUGAGGGCACCAGUCCCUCUGGCAGCUAUGAUGAGGAGGAUGAAGACUAUGUUGCUGCUGAGGAAGAAGUUAGCUCCAAGAAGGAAGUUGUCAAGAAGGAAUUUGGCACAACAGCUUCAACCAAGCCUGGUCUGAACAAGAAGGCUCCUGCCAAGAGAGUGCCCAUGUCCAAAGCCAGAGCCUCAACUCUUGAAGCCUCCAAAUCAACUGUUGGAGAGGUUGCUGGUGAGGGCAAGAAAAAGAAGGAAAGGAAGAGAGGGAGAUGGUGCAAGCGAGUUGAUCCCAUGGCAGAAUUUGAGAGGCACUCAUCUGAUGAAGAAGAAGAAGAGGAGGAUGCACCAGCACCUAAAGCUCAGAAGCUGACGGGGGAUGCCAUCAAGUCUGGGGCUGAUCCUUUAAAGCCCAAGACUGCCCCCAAAGCUACUGCUCAAGCCACCAAGUCUGCAACAAAGAGAAACACCAGAAACAUUCCUGCUGCAGAAAAGAACAAGGCCCCAAUAAGAAAGGAUGCAGGUCUCAGACUGUGGAGACAGCCAGAUCCCUAUGCUGCCAGAAGGAGAACUGCUGUAGACUACAAGUUCCACACUAAGAAACAGCAGGACUUCUAUGAGACUGUGCUCCUAGAUAAGAAGCCCAUAGUUAGUGAUAUGAAAUGGGUUGAUUGGGAAUAUAUUGAUGAAAAUGAAGAUCACUUUCCUGGAGUUCAUGAGAGCUUCAGAAUGAAUGGAGUUGAUGCCUUUGUGGAUGGAAGGAUUGCCUGGAUGACUGAAGGUACAAGGUACCAGUCUACUAUUGCUGAGUGGGCCAAGCUAAUCAAUGCCCCUGAAGAGCAUGAGGAUGAUACAUAUGUGUAUGCAAAGCCUAGGAAAGGACACAACUCCAUGGCACAUAUGUAG